AGCGGCAAGCAUGAAAGGUGGAGACUACGACAAGGACUCGAGUGAAGAUCGAUACCCGGGCCAAUUCUUCUUUGUCUCCACGCAAGCAGCAGCUGCAGCAGGAGGUGUGGAUGGCUUUGAGGAGCCAGCUACUGUGGGAAAGGUCACCCUUCACUCUCUGGACUUUUGGGUGAUCGAUAGCGGCGCCACCUACAGCAUGACACCUCGUGCGGACUUGCUCACCGAACUCGAACCGUCGCCGGUCAAGCAUGUUACAUCGGCUUUGGGGCAGCGAGCAGAGGUGAAAGGCAUGGCCAAGGCCAUGUUCAAGGGUGCUGAUGGGAAGAUGAACAGAGCCUUGACUCAUGUGGGAGAAGACAAAUGGGUGCCCUAUGUGGAGUGGAUUGGAAGGAAGCCGAAGGUGGAUAUGCUUCGGGUGUUAGGGUGCAUAGAUUGCAAGUUCAUGGAGAACUUACCGUACAAGGAGUGGAAGGCGGAGAACCAAGCGAAGAUUGGUGUGCGGCUUGGAGAGGUGAAGAGUAACGGCUUGGAGCAUGUGGAGCUGCCCUUGGAGCUGAGUAGCAGCAACACAAUCACGAGGCAAUCUCCCCAAAUGAAUGGGGAUGAGGAGGAGGAGGAGGUGCAGCAAGCCUCAUGUAUGCGGCCGUUCACACAAGGCCGGAUGCAGCCUUUGCUACCGGGAAGCUGACUAGGGUUGUCCAAUGCCCUAAUGAAGAGCAGGUAGCAGCUGGAGAGAGGGUGGCCAAGUACCUUGGCCAAACAGCAACAGUUGGACUGCAAUACUCCGCGGCGGCACAAAGGCGUCAAAAGGGAGCGGAUGGAGUCGAACCC